AUGAAUUAUCAGUAUUUAGAUCCGAUGAAAUGGUUUUGUCUUAUGAUUUUAUUAAGUUUACAGGAUAUUAAAAAUUAUUCUGUUGGAAAGUGUAUUAAUAUAGAGAAUAAAGAAAGUUCACCAUCAGCCCACGAUGAAUGGGAUCAUCUAAAGCAUAAUAUUUCUAAAAGGAGAAUCAUUGAUGACAUAAAUACUAUACGUGAGAAAUCUUACAGCACUAAAGCAGCAGUUAGAAGUUUGGAAUCUACGAUUGUAACAGCCCUUUAUAAACAACAAACCAACGAAGAAAAUAAACGGCUUUUAGAUUCUCUAUGGAAUAUCCAAGAAAUAUCCGAAGAAAUUGACACUAAUUAUAAAUACCUAUCACCCUCUCAAUUAUACAAUUUUAAAAUCAACCCAGUCACAGCUACCAAAAGAUAUGCCAAUAAUACACUCGAAGGUGACAAAUAUUUAGACAAAUUACUAAAAAUCGGUCAUUGGACAAGUGGUUUAGCAAAAAAUGACUCAAAUAGCGUUCAGGAGAAUGUGUUUUCAGUUGCGAUUGAAUACUACUCAAGAUUACAAAACAAUGGAAAUUACUGCGGUAAAUCAUCGAUUUAUAAUAAAGUAUAUCAACUUUAUGAAUCUAUGUUAGCAAGCGUCAAUAAAGGAUACGCUAUGAUUUAUAUGGCGUAUGAAUUCCAAAAACAAAGUCCUGAAAAUACAGACGAUCGGCGAUCUGCACAAAGGAUUAUACUAGAAGAAUGUAAAGAAGCAGUUGUUCGUAUGACCACUUCAGCAAGCAGUUAUUUGAAGAAAAUCGAUAAUACGACAUAUAAAAAAUCACAAGGUUGUGACCCGGAAGAAUGGGCUGAAGGUGUGAAUUACAUUCGUUUGAAAAAUCAUGUUUCGUAUCAUGAACCAAGUACAAAAUGGUACGCUGAUCGACAUGCAUUAUUCUUAAGAAAUAUGAAGCCAGAAUUCGAAUGCAAUGGUACACAAACAUUUUGGAAUCCGGACAUUGAAGAUGGUGUCAUAUAUAGUUUAAACUGUCCACUUAUUUUUGUCAGUAAUUAUUCAGGGGAUAGCAGUUGUCAUCAUUUUCAGAAUGAUGAUUUCACGAAAACUAAAAGUAUAGAUUGGAUAUCAACAUGUACUUCCGGAGAUAAUUCAAAAUUAGAACAAUUAUGUGCUUGCGAUAAGCAAGUCGACCAAGAUACUAGUAUACGAACAAUAAGCUUAAGAGAACAUUACACUGAUAGUGCUGAUAAUCGAGUUGUUACCGGAAUACGAUUUAUUGUUAAAAAUAAUAUCGUAAUGAUACAAAUUCGAGAAGGUAAAUUAGUCAAUGGUAUUAUAGACCCCAAAACCGUUAAAUGGAUAGAUGAUGAUGGGCAGCAUCCUGAAAUUAGUCCUGAUACAGUGAAGCUCAGUUAUAAUAUACGAGCGUUUGAAUUAGAUGACAUAGAAUUGCCUGAUGGGCACCUGGUAACAGGAGUCAAAUUCUUAGUAAGAAAUAAAACGCGUAUAUCAUUAGCAGUAAGAGGAUCAGCUAUGUAUGAUGAUAAAAAAAAAACAUUCCCAUCAAUUCACGAUCAAUGGUACUAUCCAACACCUGAUCCAGAUAUAACUAGGUGUAAUAUUGAUAUAAAAUAUUCAAAAAAUCCAGCUAUUUUAGAUGAACAGUGCCAACAAUCAAGUAUUCCCGGAUUGAAUUACGUUGAUUUCUCAACAUCAGUGUUUUCUUCAAAAGAUCACAAUGUUGCGAUUGUACCAUUCAUAGAUUCGCGCGAACUUGUUACGAAUCCACCCAAUGCUCUAGGUGGAUUAGGAAUAUUUUAUAAAAGUAAACCCGGCUAUGGUGGAUUUAUAGCGUUUAAGUAUAUUACAGCUAAUUAUAAUAUUCGCCUUGACAGAGAUCAUGCUCAAGCUAUAAAUGUUACUUUAUUAGACUUAUUUAAAUAUUUAUGA